UUAUAUGAUGGUCACAGUGGGUUGGGCUACACCUGGGCUGAUUCAUUCAUAUCGGAAGUGUUACGUACAUGUUUUGUUCUGAGUUAAAGGUAUAGAACAAAAUACUUUGAAGGUACAACCAGGCAUUUGUCAAUCAGAACUAAAAAUGUCAAGCAGAAAAACUAAAGGAAAGACUACAAAGAAGAGGGCACAACGUGCAACUUCUAAUGUAUUUGCUAUGUUUGAUCAAGCACAAAUACAAGAAUUCAAAGAAGCAUUUAAUAUGAUUGACCAAAACAGAGAUGGUUUUAUUGAUAAAGAAGAUCUUCAUGAUAUGUUAGCAUCACUAGGUAAAAAUCCAACAGAUGCUUCCUUAGAAGAGAUGAUGAACUUUGCCCCAGGACCAAUAAACUUUACAAUGUUUUUAACCAUGUUUGGUGAAAAAUUAAAUGGAACAGACCCUGAAGAUGUCAUUAAAAAUGCCUUUGCUUGCUUUGAUGAAGAUGCAUCAGGUCAUAUCAAUGAAGAUAGAUUGAGAGAUUUGUUAACCACAAUGGGAGAAAGAUUUACAGAUGAUGAGGUUGAUGAAAUGUUUAGAGAGGCACCAAUCAAGAAAGGAAACUUUGAUUAUCUAGAAUUCACACGGAUACUAAAGCAUGGCAAGAAAGAUGAAUAAAGAUCUACGUAAACAUUCCAAACUCAUUAGCUGCAUGCUUGAUCAAGACUAUUAUGCCAGUUUAUCAUCUAAUCUAGAGAUAAUUCUAAAUAUCCAUGUAAAUUCUGUGUAAAACUAAUUAUUUCCUUCUUGUCUUCCAUUUUAAUACAUCACAGACAAACCUAUAAAAUUUUAUUGUCUUUACACAAAAGUGAAAAUGAUUGUUAUACAACAUAAAUAGGGCAUGUGUAACUAAAUCUAGGUUCUAAUGUCAUAGAAUUGUACAGUGAUAAGGUUUAUAACAUUCAUUGUUUAAAUGUCAAUUCUUGUCAUAUAGGUUUAAAAGUUAUUUAUUAACGAUGUGAUGUAAAGAUUCAUUUUUGAAUAUAUUUUAUUUUGGACUUGAAUCUUUGGAUUGUCAUAUUUCUGGUACAUAACUUAAGCUUUAAGCUGAAUAGAAAACACACCUAUGGUAAUGUAUACACAGCAAUGUAUUGUAUUUAAAUGGCACCAUAUAUUUUAAUCACUAGAUUAGAUGAUAUAAACAAAUAUUUAUGCAUUUACUGAUCAGAGAUGAUCGGCCAAUAGUUCACUUAUUAAUGUAAUUUUGUAUAACUUAACAUAGUCAAACUGUUGCUAUCUCAUCUUUCAUGUUUAAUAUUUUUCAUAGAUUUUAUUUAUGUUUUAUAGACCAUAGUAGAUCAACUUAGAUUUUCAGUUCCACUAUAGUAUAUUCAAUAUAUUUCUUAAUAUUUUUGUUAAAAGACAAAGUAUGAAUAUGAACCAAGUAAAGAGGUACUUUGUUUCUGUGGCAGACAACAACCAAUCAAUUUAAGGCAUUAUUUAGGAACAUAUCAACCAUUUUUCUUUUAUUUUAGUGCGUAAAUUAUUUUGACUAAACUUAAAAAUGAACGAUGUUCAUAAAAAAAGGUUUGAUCAAAAGUUUUCACCAUCACCGAUUUUUUUGCCAUGGUGCCAUGUAAUUGCAAUAUAAUUUUGUCUUAUAAUGUAUAUAUUAAGAUAAUUUAAUUAUACUAUUGUGAAUGUACAAAUGAUAUUUAAUCAGAAUCUCGUGUAAAACCAAAUUAAAUUCAUUUGUUAAGUAAAAGUAUUAUAAUUGAACUCUCCAAGACUGAAAUAUUUAUAGAGUUGAUAGUUAAAAAUAAACACCUAGAACAAUAUAAUAGACUACUAUCCAACGUGAUCAGGUUAGAUUGUUAUCAAAGACAAUUUUAUUUACAGCAUUCAUACAGUAAAAGUUAGUGUUAAUUUUUUGAAAAACUAAUUUAUACUGAUCAGUUUUACUUGUCAUUUUGGGUGAAAGAACAAAAAUGUGUACAUUUAAUUGUGCUAAAGUUAAAACCAUGGUGGACCAUAUUUUUCAUAUUCUUUUAAGUAUUCACUAGUCACAUUUGUUGAAUCUACAUUCCUGUAAUUGUUGAAAUAAGCAGCAUUUACUAUUAUUUUGCUUGUAAUUGGACCAAAAUAUUGUUCACACAGUGAAAGUGCUUGAACUUAUUUUUAAAAACAUUUUGACAGAGUUUUUUUUGUACUUGUUAAAGAUAUUUUACAUUUGUAAGUUAUAUUAUUUUUUCAAAAAUUAAUCAUUCCAAUUGCUGUGCUUAUAGACCAGUCUAUUGAAAUAUUUGUAUUACAAACAAAUUGUUAACAUUUAUAAUAUACAAUAAAAAGUUGAAUAAUAA